AUGUCCACAAGCCCCAUAUUCCCCGCAUCCCUCUUAUCUAGCGAUGCCGCAGCAGCUCUCCCAGAUGGCUACACUAUCAGGCCUUUGGAAAAGGCAGAUUAUGCCAAGGGGUUUUUAGAAUGCCUCCGUGAUUUGACAUGGAUGGACAAUCUCACUGAAGAGGAAUUCAACGAGCGGUACGACGAGAUGAGCGGGCCCCCUUACUACUAUCUCGUCAUUGAGCAAGCAGGCCGGAUUGUAGGCACGGGUGCCGUGAUUGUUGAGAAGAAGUUCAUUCAAAAUCGCACCAUUGUUGGCCAUAUUGAGGAGAUCUGCAUCUCCAAGGACCAGCAGGGAAAGAAGCUCGGAUUCCACAUGCUCAACGCCCUCAACUCCGUGGCCAAGAACGUGGGAUGCCGGAAAACGAUUCUCAACUGCAGUGAGCACAACAUCAAAUUCUACGAGAAGUGCGGCUUCGAGGUCUCCAGCACCGAAAUGAAGAGGGAGUUUAAGGAGUAA